AUGAAAGCUAUCAUUUAUAACGGGAAUCGUGAUAUAGAGUAUACCACUACCCACGAGAUUCCUAAAAUUAACCAUCCAACUGAAGUUAAAAUAAAAAUCGAUUAUUGCGGAAUAUGCGGUUCUGAUUUACAUGAAUACUUGGACGGUCCCAUUUUCAUGGCCCCCGAGAAAAAUUCAAUUACAAAUGCUCCUUCCAAAGGUCAAAUUAUGGGCCAUGAAAUGUCCGGAACCAUUGUGGAAGUCGGCGACCGCGUUGAAAACUUACUGAUUGGCCAAUCGGUGGUGGUGGAGGCAUUGAGCUCUUGUAAUGAUAAAUUCCGGUAUAAUAAUCAAUCUUCUAAAUGCUCGGCUUGUAUCGAUGGUAUUUAUAAUAAUUGUGACGAAAUUGCCUUCAAUGGUUUGGGAUUAUGUGAUGGUGGAUUCAGUGAAUACGCUAUAGUGGGUCAAGAACAUGUUGUUCCCUACGAUCAUACUAAGAUUCCUGCCUCAAUUGCCGCUUUGGCUGAACCGCUUAGUGUUUCAUGGCACGCAGUAAGAUCUUCAGGAUUUAAUUCGAAUUUUCAAGCUUUAGUAUUAGGCGCGGGUCCAAUUGGUUUAGCUACGAUUCUUGCUUUAAAAGCUCAGGUGGAUAAUUUAAAUCAAAUUGUUGUCAUGGAACCAGCUUUGGCUCGUCGUAAAUUAGCUGAAAAAUUCGGAGUCACCACGUUUGAUCCUUCUUCUUAUUCUGCUAACGACGUUGACGAAAUCGUUACUCAUUUGAAAAAAUUAUCUCCUGACGGGUUCGGUUUCCAUCGUUCGUUUGAUUGUUCCGGUAUUCCUUUAACUUUUAAUGUGGCUUUGAAUGCUUUAAGAACCGGGGGGAAAACUACUCAAUUGGCUAUUUGGCCAAAUAGACCAAUUGAUUUUUAUCCAAUGUCAGUGGUUUUACAUUCUACUUCCAUCACCGGUUCGUUAAGUUACAUAAGAAAAGAUUUCGAACAAGUAUUGGAGGCUCUCAGUAAAAAUACAAUUCCUUUACAAGAUGCAAAACAACUCAUUACUGCAGUGGUUUCGAUCGAUAAAGGUAUCGAAAAGGGGUGGCUCGAACUAUUAGCCAAUAAAAAUAAGCAUAUCAAAAUCUUAAUCACUCCAAAAGAAAAUAUGGAAAUGAUUACAAGUAUUCAAAAUAAAGUUGAAUAA